GUCGUCACGUGCUCGCUAGUUUUUCACACAUUCUAUUUAAUUGCCGGUUUCUUGCAUUCCAUGCAAAAGAUUCAAGGAUCUUGAUGUUUUGGUAUAGGGUCAAGUUGGUGACCGUGGUAUUUUCCGUAGUAGAAUCGCAAUAGAUAGAUAAUCACACGUGAUCGCGCUCGACGUCGACGCAUGUGGUUGGUGGAAAAUCCAUAUCAUUCUCCGAUUGAAGGAUGGCCGCUCAAUCCAGUGGGAGAACCCACACGAAAAUCCUAGGUGCCUCAGACUACGAUGAGGCCGCCUACUGGGAUGAGAAAUUCGCAAAUAAGAAAGAUAUUGGGGAAUGGUUGAACUCGGGAGACGCGAUCAUAGACGUGGCCCUGUCUAGCCUGGACGGUCGGCAGUUUGACCAAAGCACUGGCCAUCCCCGCGUGCUGCAUCUCGGUCCGGGCAUCUCAAAGUUGGGAUCAAGGCUUCGCGAUGCGUUCGUACAGCGUGGUUUGCAAGGAAAGAGCAUUGUGAACGUCGACUUUUCAGCUGAGGCUGUUCGCCUGGGUCGGGAUCUUGAAACAGAUCUUGACCCUACCCGAGCAAUGCACUGGGUACAGGCUGACCUGCGAUCCUGGGCCGAUGUCUCCGAAAUCUCCUGCUUCGCUCCCGUCGACAUGAUACUCGACAAGAGUACGAGCGACGCGAUCGCGACGUCCGCACCCGUGGCAUUCUCAUCUUCUUCUGAUGCAUCGGACACCUGCGAAGAAAUACAAAGGCUUGUGAAAAAGGGCGGGGAGAUUACGUUACUGCCUGUCGAGGUGUUGGCGCUACAUCUUGCACCGCUGGCUCGACCCGGUGCUAUUUGGAUUGCCCUUUCAUUUUCGGCCACGCGGUUUGAGAAUUUACCUCAUGCUAUGGCGCACUGGGCUGUGGUGGCCCAGAAAGCGUUGAAAGCACCGCAUGGUCACUCCUCUCCAUCGGUGCACACACCUGAGGUGUUCCACUGGCUUUAUAUCUUGAAGCGCAAGUAGCAUCCACUGUUGGGAUUGGCAUCUUUGCACGUCACUUGAUUGUCCAGUGUUUGCGGGUGUCAACUCAUUUUGUCAGGCUUUGUUCGGGAUGAUUGUUUGAAAUACCAGAUCCCGCUCUGAGUUUGUUACUGCAUCAGUGAUGUACCCAAUCCCACCAUAGGCUACUUGUUUUUAUCGCGAUAGCCUACAGCAUCG